AUGGCAUUUAAAUCUAGCGCAGUGACUAAUGUAAGCAAUCAAAGUUAUGGAACCCAACCAUCGAUUGAUGAUCAAAUGGCUGCUCUCGUUAAACGAGUGGGGGAGGUUAAGAGGAUGGUUCUUGCGAGCCCCCUUUACUGGGAAUCUAUAGAACUCCUUGCAAAAGACGAGAUUUUACGAGGCGUAUUCUAUGCGAUUCCAGAUGGAUGCAAGCUGCAUUUUCUGAAACGAAAGAUACGGCCUCCAAUGAGAAAGAGGCUGAACCCUUUCAUGAGUAUCAUGAUGACACUACUGUCCCCAGUCUCCUUCCUAUAAAUUUUAGUAGAAUUGUAAUUUUAUUUUCUUGCUAUUUUGUUGGAAUAUGUUUCGUGUUGUGUGAUUAUUUAGUUUUGCUUGAAUUUUGACGUUGUCUGGAUUAUGCACUUGGCUUUGGUUGAAUGUAAGAACUAUCAUUGGUGAUAUA